GGUUCUUUGCGUUUGUUCAAUUCUUUUUUAGGGUUUGUUCAAUUCGUUUCUUCAAUUCAUUUUUUCAAUUCGUUUUUAGGGUUCAAUUCGUUUGUUCAAUUCGUUUUUAGGGUUUGUUCAAUUUGUUUUUACGGUUUGUUUAAUUUGUUUGUUCAAUUCGUUUGUCCAGUCACUGUAGCUAGGCCUAACAUGGUAGGAGUAUGUGAGAGACACUGACAAAAUAAAUCAAUGUAACAAUGCAACUAUUUUCUAUGCGCAUCCUCUGCUAGAUUUUCCUGUAUAUAGACUUAGUGAGGUAGUGUACAGUUGUUGUCACUGACUCAUUGGUUUGGCUUAACUUCCCUUGCUUUAUUCCAAAUCAUGUUUUGAUGACGAGUUCUGGUCUUCCCGUUAUGAUUAUAUUUUGGCCUUCAUCUCUGUUCCACAUUACAAGCUUUUUGCUUAAAAGACAUCCUAAUUUGAAAGUGUAACAAUUUUUUUCAUGAAAGUACUAUUCUUAGAGGUCGUACCCAGUUAUUCUCAUAAAGUUGUGAGAUCUCGGUAGAGUCCAAGAAGUCAAUGAUCUCUUUGCAACUACCAUUUUUCCAUAUGAUAUGUAAGGUCGGUUAUUAGUUUGUUGUAGUGUAGAUUCCGGGUGAUAAUCAUUCUUGCUUGUGAGUAUAAUUUUUAGGUCAGCAUAGCUUCUUCAUCCCUGAAAAUAAAUCAUUCGUGAUAGCCUCAAUCUCAAAAUAGUAUAAUCCCCCCCCCCCAUUUGUAUAUAUGUUUUAAGUUUUUAACAGAAGAUUGAUUAGUUAAUUCGGCUUUGGUAGGCUGUCGUUCAUAGAGCUAAGAACUCAAAAUAUUCAGCUGAUGAGGAUAUGGAGGAGACAGAUGUUAAAGAUCCAAAUUUAAAGCAAUCUCUGGAGUCUGCUACUUCUCAGAUUAGCCAGCUAGCUCUUUCUAAUAGUCCUACUGGUGUUGCCAAUCUUGCAGCUGUUUUUCUGUUCCCGCUUUUCAUAAAUUAUUUUCAGAUGGGUGUCACUGGAGCAGCCACUGCCACCGUUGUGUCUCAAUACAUAGGUAGCUUCUUGAUGAUUUGGUUUCUUAGCAAGAGAGUAAUAUUAUUACCUCCAAAAUUUGGAGAUCUGAAGUUUGGGGUCUAUUUAAAAUCUGGUGGAUUUCUGAUUGGAAGAACUGUGGCUGUUUUGAUAACUAUGACGAUUGGGACCUCGAUGGCUGCUCGUCAAGGUCCUCUAGCUAUGGCUGCUCAUCAAAUCUGUAUGCAAGUGUGGUUGGCUGUCUCUCUUUUAACUGAUGGAUUGGCCGCAUCUGGUCAGGUCUACACUCCGAGGAAUGCGCCUAUACUAGUGAGGAAAUUGAUGUGGUUAGUGAGCAACGGGCUAAGUGUUUUACCCGCAAGUAUUUACUAUUGGCUUGAGCGCGCUUGA